UUACAGUCAGAUUGCCACUCGCACCUCUCACAUGUUUCUCUGACUGAUUGUGCGCACCGCUGCUCAUCUCCAGCGCAUUUGCAACAAUUUUCACGAAUUGCUGCGUGGUUUGCACCUAGUGUUCGUUUCGUGCCACUUUGUUUACGCCGCCGAGCAGGGAAUCUGCACUUCUGCAAACUGUUUUCACUUGUGCCGAGUGCUCGAAGGACACCUUUUGGAGCCGCCGCGUCGACGGAGCGCGCCGAGAGAGUGUUGUUUGGCCAUGCUGUAAAUUGCAGUAGCAGAUUUACAAGAUACGUCUGACGUUAAGAUGACAUCGAGUUUUUUUACAUCGGCAUAAAAACAACAAGGCAUAUAUAAGAGAGUGGAGGCACAGCCGAAAUACCAGACGCCGGGGCCGCCGGAGCGACCAAGCAGCAGAGAGAGAGAGAGAGACAAGAAAUUAUCUUCAUACAAUAUUGGUGGGAGCAAAACCACAAAAGUUGGCAACCAAUCGUGGUACCCUUGCUUCUUGUGUGCUGUACUUGCACGACGCUCGCUCACUUUUGGAUAAAAAAGCGAUAUAUUAAAGCACCUUCGGCGCGCCACUCAGGUACGCUCGGCCGCCGACCUAACUAGCGCGCACAAAAGAGCAAGCAGCAGCAGCAGCCGCUGCUUGCCUGCUUUCCUGCCUGUCGAGACGCAGCGAGAGCGGUGGUGGGGUGCGAGCCGAAAAAAUUCCAGGUGGGAAGGCGCAGAGACGGCCAGCCAGUUGACACGGACCGCUCGAGCAGAGCAGUAGUGCGUCCGAGCGCGAGUGCCCGUCGCGGAUCAUGUAGUGCUGUGGCCAUGUACGAUGGAGGCAAACGACACAAGAACGGCAGCCACCACCUGAUCAGGGCGAAUCUGCAUAGGAUGCGCGCGUCCGGCGUGCUGCCAUCGUGGUACGCCGAUCUUCAACACAAACUGGUCCCCUCGUCGCAACCGCGUGCCUACCGUAUCGUGUGCAUCGGCGCGACCGCCGCGGCCUUCAUCAUGGGCAUCUUCAUCGGCCUCAUGAUCCCCUUGUACCUGCUGCCGCCGACGGCCGUGGCCGCCUCGCCCCUGCUGUCCGAGCGGCCGCUCAACCUCAGUUCAAGCACAGUUCCUCCGACGCUGGACAGGCCGGCGUCCUUUGACACCGUCUCGUUCGUCCAGCAACCGCAGCAGCAGCAGCAGCAGCAGCCGUUGCUGCCGAUGCCGUCGUCGUCCACGCCCGUCAACUCGAGUCUCAUCUCGGACGGCGUCUACUGGAGCGACCAGGUCGAACGCGCCCUGCCGCGCGGCUACGACUCCGGUUCGGCGGCCGAAUGGCGAAGGUACGUGCGCCAGGGGCGCGUCGUCAAGAUGGAAGAGGGCUGCGGUCGCAUGCAAAACCGACUCGUGACCUUCGACAACGGGUCCACCUCGUGCUGCAGGUACCGGCAGAACGUGGACCAGAUCCAGGGCGAGAUCUUCGGCUUCUACCUGGGCAGGUACAUCCUGGGCCUGCCCAACCUGACGCCGACCACGCUGUCGCGGGCCAAGCCCCAGUCGCGGCAGUGGUCCUCGGUCAAGGCCCAGGUCAGUCUGGCCCAGUGGGUCACCGAGGACAAGGCCGUGGUGAUGACCAAGUUCGUCAAGAACCUGCUGCCGGCCUUCAUCCCGUCCUUCCUGCGCCCCAGCGACCGGCGGCUGCACCCGCCCGACGUGCAGGACUCCGGCUCGGACCUGGACGUGUCCGAGCUGGCCCAGUGGUCCGACCUGGUGGUGUUCGACUACCUCACCGCCAACAUGGACCGCAUGAUCAACAACAUGUACAACCUGCAGUGGAACCCGACCAUGAUGGACGCGCCGGCGCACAACCUGGCCAAGGACCAGGGCUCGGGUCUGCUGCUCUUCCUGGACAACGAGAGCGGCCUGCUGCACGGCUACCGGCUGCUGGACAAGUACGAGCACUACCACAAGUCCAUCCUCAACGCCGUGUGCGUGUUCAGGCGGUCGACGGCCGACGCCAUCAAGCGGCUGUACAAGCAGAAGAACGUCGGCGAGCUGCUGCGUUCGGCGUUCAAGCAGUCCGACCCAGAGUUCGUCGACAUUCUGCCGACGUUGCCCGAGAAGAAUGUCAAAAUUCUGAAUCAACGCAUCGCCAGGGUGCACGAGCAGAUCGUCAGGUGCGAGUCAAUGUACAAGUCGACCGCGUGAUCCGCCGCGUGACUGUUCCGUCUUAAAUUAUUGUUCCCCUCCCCCCUGGACGCUUGGACGCGAAAGACUUCAACAUGUGAUUGUGAUAUUGACGUUAAACGGACCACUUACGCGCGCAUGCAGUGCGUGACUCUUAACUAUUGUUGUAAUGUAAAUGUCACUCUGGGCGGAUUAUUACAAGUGAGUACGUCACAGCCAAUUGUGAUAGUUCCAAAAUCAAUUGAACCGCUGGCACUAAUUUCAAGAGGGCGGAUUUGUCGUUGUAAGUAAACGCCUCCUUCUCGCGGCCUCGCUCUUUUUCACUAUUUUUUUUCGUCUUGUUUACCUAUUUACCCACACCGCGCCGCGGCCGCCGAGUGCAGUUCUUUGAACCCGCGGGCCGACUUUUUCUCGUCUGAAAGGGCCUUUGUAUGAAGAGCACUUUUAUUUAUCGCACACCGGCAAUAGGAAAAUUCUUGCAAGCGAGCCUUCUUGUUUUCGGACCGAUCGCCACAUAAAUUGCGCACUUAACUGCUUCAAUUUCUUUUGCUCUCUGCUCAUUUCGAUCGGCUCCUUCAUUUCUGCUACUUCCAUAUUUUUCCGUCAGACAGGCCUCGCUCAUAUUUUCUCCUCGUUUGCCCCGGCGAGAUUUACACGAUGCUUUUAUUUUAUAGCCAUGUAUUGAUGCAAAAAGGAAAGAAACUCUAGUCUUUUGCUUUCGAGAAAAUGUGAAUGGAUAAAAUUCGAUUUAAUAGCCCGACAUUGUUUGUUCCAAAUUGAAAGCCGAUCGUGUGUGUUUCAUUCAAUCAUUUUUUAUUACGCCUUUGGCUGAAAUCGUGCAGAAACGCGCACUUUCGUGCCGGAUCCUAGUGUCAAAAUUUCCCAACGAAAUGACAGAAAAUAUGCAUCUCUGUUGAAUAUUAUUUCACGUGUGACUAUGUACAUUGUGUUUAAUCGAGUGUAUUCAUAUGUAAAUGGACGAUUAGAUGAAAAAUAUAUUUAUGAUUAAUUAGCAAAGAAA